AUGAUUUCUUUAAUCAAUUUCAAUCCAGCUGAUUAAAGAUGUAGAAUCAACAGUCCUCGUUCAAUUAUGGUUUUAAAGUAAAGAGGAAUGGCAUAAGAAGAGUUGCUUUUUAUAAAUAAAGAGAAAUUGGGACUAAUGUUAAAAUAAGAAAAAUCAUUACAGGAUCAGAACUUGGAUGAUUUCUAUAAACAUUAUGAAUAUAGAAGAUAAUAAAAAGUUUAUAUGUUAAUAAAGGAUAGAGAAGCUUUGAUUGAAAAAGAAAAAAGAAAAAAAAUUGAAUCAAAUAUCACUUAAUUGAAAGGAGAUAGACCUCUUAGUAGUUCAAAUGCAUCAAAAUUUAUGGAUUAAGUAUAGAAAAGAAAAUAUAUGGAAAUGAUGAGGUAAAGACAUUUAUAAGAGUUAAUGUUAAUGCGUGAAUAAUAAAAUUAAUAAUAAUAGGAAAAGAUGUAAUAAUUUGAAGAAUAAAGAAAGAAAAAACAAGAAUAAAGACAAUAAGAAUUUUAAGCAAAAUAAGAAACUAUAGCUAGAUAAAAAAGAUUGAAGGAACUAGAAGAUUAAAAGAAAAAUCGGUAAUUAUAAUAAGAAUAUUUUCAAAAAGAAUAAUAAAGACUUUAAUAAUAAUAAAUUGAAGAAUAAUAAAGAUAAGCAGAAGCAAUUAAUAGAGAACAAUAAUAAAAGGAAUUAAAAUAAAGAUUAGAGAGAGAUAGAAAAAUGAAGGAGAAAUAAGCUGAAUUAGAGUAUUAAUAAAGGAAAUAAGAAGAAGAAGAAUAAGAACUUAGAAGAUAAGAAUUUUUUUAACAAUAAUAAGAAUAAAAAAGAAUAAGUGCUUAGAAAAGGGCAUAGUCUGCUAAAAUUAGAUAAAGAGAAGCUUAAAGAAGUUAAAUAGAAUUUUAAAAGAAAUUAAGAGAAGAUUAUUUUAAGAAAGAAGAAAGAAUUGUAGAAUAAUAACAUAAAUUUUAAGAAUAAUAACGUUAAAGAUAAUUGUCUAUAGAGGAGAAGAAUAAAAUGAAAAAUGAAAAGAUUAAAAAUACUGCUAGAAUGAAAGAAUAGAUACAUGAAGAAUUUAAAAGAUAAUAUGCUGAAAGAGAAUAAGAAAUAUAAUAUAGAUUAUAAUAAAGAAGUGAAUCAGGAGCAAAGGAUGAAUUUGUAAAAUAAUAGGCAGAAAGAAGAGCAAAACAUAGAGAGAAAGUAAGGAGAAUGAAUAUGUAAUAAUUGGAAGAGAAAAGAUAAUAAUAUCUUAUAAAAUUAUAGGAUUAAGAUGAAAAAGUAAUAGCAUCUAUAUAUCAUAGAUAUAAAGAGUGAAGAAAGAACAAGAAAUUUUAUAUCAAUAAUAGGCUUAUGAAAAAUUAAAGAAAAGACUUGAUUAAUAAGAUGCUAUUAAACAUUAAAGAUAAUUUGAAGAAUUUAGAAGAGAAUAAAUUAGAGAUAAAUUAAGAGAAGUUGAUUUUAGAAUGUAAUAAAAAAGAGAAGAUUAAAGAGAAUUAGAUAGAUUAAGAGAGUAGGCAAAUAAAGUUGAAUUGAUGGGUAAAAUUGUAUGA